GGCUCCAUGGGCGCCAUGGCCGGCCUGGGUGCUGUGGCCGGCCUGGCCGCCGCCGGCGUCGCGGGCCAGCGCGCCAGCAAGGGCCGCACCUCCAUGCAGGCCGUGGGCGUCGGCAUCAACGGCUUCGGCCGCAUCGGCCGGCAGGUUGCUCGCAUCGCCAUGAAGGACCCUGAGACCGACCUCAAGCUCAUCAACGCGAGCUACGACGCGGACUACCUGGCUUAUAUGAUGAAGUACGACACCAUCCACGGCAAGUACGAUGGAACCGUCGAGGUCGAUGGCGACUCGCUGGUCAUCGAUGGCCAGAAGGUUGCUCUGUCCCAUACCCGUGACCCUGCCGAGAUUCCUUUUGGAGAGCACGGUGCUGAGUACGUCUGCGAGUCCACGGGCGUCUUCCUGACCACCGAGAAG